GGCGGACACAGCGGUACUCGCCAAUCUUCGGAAGAGACCAAUUCUUGUCCCGGCAACCCGUGACCAAUUCUUCUCGGGCAUCGGCGGAUCUACGCGGGAGCCAUGGGAAAAGGCAAUAAAGAUGACAGGCUCAGCGCAUUGCCGGAUGACAUUCUGGUCAACAUUUUUGACCGACUCAGUGUACGCGAUGCUGCAAGAACCAACGUCCUCUCAAGACGGUGGGGUCAGCUCUGCGCCAAGCUCUCUCGGCUUAUAAUAAGUUCUCUAGACUUCCUGCCCAAGGACGCGUCACGCAGCAGUGCCAACAUCUCUGACGAUGAAUUGGUUCGGAUCAAUGCAGCCGUGGUUCAGGCAACAAAGAGCGUGCUGGCGCGCAGAAAUCCAGGUGAACACACCAUCGGCCUUCUGUCCAUGACGUUCCACUUGGUAGAUGAUAUCCCCAUAUCCAUCGGGCACGCCGUUGGUCAUGCCAUGGCGACGCACCUAGUCAAGAAUGCCAAAUUUUGUGUUAGGACAAGGAAGGAUGACGAUGAUGAAAUUGAUGAUGAUGAAGAACUGGUCAUCUGGGCGAGACGAUUCAUGUUGUUCUUUGAUGCUUCUCCAGUUGCAUUUGGUGGUCUCACUAGUCUCAACAUAGGGAAUUUGAGAUUUGGUGAGUCAGGCAUAUCUAGCAUCCUCACCACUUGCAAGCAGCUGAAGCGUAUGCACUUGUACAAUUGUGACUCUGGUGAUCAUAGCACCCUGCAGGUUGAACACGCUAAUCUCAGUGAGCUUUGUAUCGUAUAUUGUCGUCUCGAGCAAGUUAAGCUGAACUGGCUCCCUCAGCUCACAAGCAUAGUCUUUGACGGUUGGAUAGAUUUCCAAGAUCCACUGGUUCUUGGUCAUGUUCCGUUGCUCGAGUCUGUAAGCCUCACAAAUGUUGCCCUUAGUUACAACAAGAUGGUCAAGUUAAGUAGGUUUCUUGGCAGUGCCUCUCCACGAGUUCUGAAGUUGGGGUUUAGGUCCGAAAUGAUUUGGGUGCAGCCAGAAUGUCCAACGCAAGAUCUGGCAUCUGUGUUCCGCCAACUAAGGUUUGUGAACCUUGUUAAACUUCCUGAAGGGUAUGAUCUCACCUGGACAAUGUUUAUUCUUGAAGCUGCACCCUUACUGAAGGAGCUAUACAUGACAGUAUGUGCUUUCCUAAAGUUCUCUUUUAGCCACAUGUGCUUGAUAUUAGUUUUUCAUGGUUUUCUUACCACGUAUUAUAUAUGGCUAAAGACAGUUUAUUUUUAUCUUUGUCCUAUUGCUGAGAUGCAGGUCUGGGAUGAUUUGUGUUCAAUGGAAAUGGAUGAGGAGAAGAGAAAAAAGGAAUCGUAUAGUGAGAACAAGGGUGUAGAGUGGAGCGCGGCUGCAGCCGAUUUCCAACACCACAGUUUGGUCACACUCGUCAUCUUUGGCUUUGAAUCUGAAGAUUAUGCUGUUAAUUAUGUCAGACGUGUCAUGGUGGCGGUGGUCAAUCUAGAGGAUGUGUUCCUCUAUAGUAGGUUGGAGUUGGAGUGCGGCAACUGCCAGGACAAGAAGCCCACCAGGUUCGCCUGGACUAAAAGGCAGAAGAUUUCACUGAAGAAGAGAAUCACCGCGGGGAUUGAGUCGUUUGCCAUAAUCCACUCCAACAAGACGAUAAGGGCUGACCAUCAAGCAAAAAAGCUUUACCCACAGUGCUCACACUUUGACGCAACAAGUGGUUGAUUUAACAGUGAACUGUACUAUCAACAGUGGUUGCUUUGAACUUUUGGAAGUGUUUGUUAGUACUUUGGUUAUUAACAGUUCUCAUUUUAUU